UAUUGAAUAUAUAUUCAAUAUUCUAAAUUUAGUACUAUAUUAGUAUAGUAUUAAAAAGUACUCUUUGAAUAUAACUUAUUCAUAUUUUUUGCAAUAUUUCUAUUUGUUACAAAAAAAAACUUUUAGAAUUUCCCGUAAAAAUGGAUUGCGCUAAUGAAAACGCUUUCAAUGCUGUCCAAUAUCCCCUCUUUUUCCAAAAAUUCUUACGAAUGAGUUUUUUUGAUAUAGAAGUCCGCUUUUUUGGAACUGCCAUCCAACCAGGUAGUUUUUUUCAUUUCUAUACUUCGAUGUGAAAGACAUUUUUUCUGUAAAUGAAAAUGAAUUGUUCCUUAAUUCCUUAAUUAAUUAUUAUUAAAAGCCAUCCCUCUUAUCUAUCCUUAAUCUACCCCCUUAUUGUUUUCUAUAUAAAAUAAAGUAAAACAUUGAAUAGUAUAACCUAUAACCCUUUAUCUCAUUCCCAAAAAUUUUCCAAACAUAGAUACCUUUUAUUAUAUUAUAAGGUAACAUAAUCAAUUAGUUGAUUAUUUGAACGAAUAUUUCUGAAUAAUAAAAAAAUAAUUUUAAAUCAUCUCAGAUGAUUUGUUUUUGAUGAUUUAUAUAAAAAUAAACGAAUGUUCUUAGUUUUGGUAUAAUUGGUAUAAUUAUUUAUUUGUUUGGGAGAAUUUGGAUAACUUUUUCUCCUCACUUCUAUAGAUAAAAUUGUUUCUAUAAUUGUCAAAUCAAUGAAAAUUUUGAAUUUUUAUUUUACAAAUUUCGGUUUUAUUAAUUAUUAAUAAUUAUAUUUGAAUAUUUAAAAAUUUUUAUUGAAUUAUUAAUUAAUAUAGCAAUUUCUAUUUUACUAGGAAUUUGCUUAUUGGCUUAUUUUUACUUUGUAUUUUGCAAUAUUCGAAGUGUUGUGCAAAGAUUCAGAACAAUUAAUAAUACAAAAUUCUAUUUAUAUAUAUAUAUAUAUAUAUAUAUAUAUAUAUAUAUACCCACUUUUUUAUUAACCGAACCUUUUACAAAAGACAUAAAACAAAACGGGUGAAUAAUAAACAAAAUUCAUUAAUAAUCCAAACAAAUCUUUUUUUUAUUCUUUUUUUUUCUAUGGAAUAUACACAUCAAUCUUCAUGGAUCAUACCCUUCACCCCACUUCCCGUUCCUAUAUUAAUAGGAGUAGGACUUCUACUUUUUCCUACGGCAACAAAAAAUCUUCGCCGUAUGUGGGCUUUUCCUAGUAUUUUUUUGUUAAUUAUAGUUAUGAUUUUUUCUGUAGAUCUAUCUAUUCAUCAAAUCAAGAACAGUUCUAUCUAUCAAUAUGUAUGGUCUUGGACUAUAAAUACCGAUCUUUCUUUAGAGUUUGGUUACUUGAUCGAUUCACUUACCUCUAUUAUGUCAAUAUUAAUUACUACUGUUGGCAUUCUGGUUCUUAUUUAUAGUGAUAAUUAUAUGUCUCAUGAUCAAGGGUAUUUGAGAUUUUUUGCUUAUUUGAGUUUUUUUAAUACUUCAAUGUUAGGAUUAGUUACUAGUUCGAAUUUGAUACAAGUUUACAUUUUUUGGGAAUUGGUUGGAAUGUGUUCUUAUCUAUUAAUAGGUUUUUGGUUCACACGUUCUAUUGCGGCAAAUGCUUGUCAAAAAGCGUUUGUAACUAAUCGUGUAGGCGAUUUUGGUUUAUUAUUAGGAAUUUUGGGUCUUUAUUGGAUUACAGGUAGUUUGGAAUUUCGGGAUUUAUUCCAAAUAAUCAACAACUUGAUUGAUCAAAAUGAGGUUAAUAUUUUUUUUAUUACUUUGUGUGCCCUCUUGUUAUUUUGUGGCUCGGUUGCAAAAUCUGCCCAAUUCCCCCUUCAUGUAUGGUUACCAGAUGCUAUGGAAGGUCCCACCCCUAUUUCUGCUCUUAUACAUGCUGCCACCAUGGUAGCAGCAGGAAUUUUCCUUGUAGCUCGACUUCUUCCCUUUUUCAUAGCCAUACCUUCUAUAAUGAACGGAAUAGCUUUCAUAGGUAUAAUAACAGUAGUAUUAGGGGCCACUUUAGCAAUUGCUCAAAAAGAUAUUAAGAAAAAUUUGGCCUAUUCUACCAUGUCUCAAUUGGGUUAUAUGAUGUUAGAUUUAGGUAUGGGCUCUUAUCGAAUUGCGUUAUUUCAUUUGAUUACUCAUGCUUAUUCAAAAGCAUUGUUGUUUUUAGGGUCCGGAUCCAUUAUUCAUUCAAUGGAAGCUAUUGUUGGGUAUUCUCCAAAUAAAAGUCAAAAUAUGCUUCUUAUGGGUGGUUUAACAAAACAUGUGCCAAUUACAAAAACUGCCUUUUUAAUAGGUACGCUUUCUCUUUGUGGUAUUCCGCCUUUCGCCUGUUUUUGGUCCAAGGAUGAGAUUCUUAAUGAUAGUUUUAUACUCACCAAUUUUUGCAAUAAUAGCUUGUUCAACAGCAGGAUUAACCGCAUUUUAUAUGUUUCGGAUCUAUUUACUUGUUUUUGAAGGAUAUUUCAAUGUUCAUUUUCAAAAUUUCAAUGGAAAGAAAAAUAGUUCAUUCUAUUCAAUAUCUUUAUGGGGUAAAGAAGGAAAAAAAAAAUUAAAAAAUAAAAUUCAUUUAUUAUCUUUAUUAACAAUGAAUAAUAAUGAAAGGACUUCAUUGUUUCGCAAAAGGGCAUAUUUAUCUAAAAUUGAUCGAAAUGUGAAAAGCAUAACACGUCUUUUCAUUCAUAGUACCUAUUUUGGUACUAAAAAGUUUCCUUGUUUUUAUCCUCAUGAAUCUGACAAUACUAUGUUAUUUUCUAUGCUUGUCUUAGUACUAUUUACUUUCUUCGUCGGAGCCAUAGGAAUUUCCUUUAACCAAGAAGGAAUAGAUUUGGAUAUAUUAUCCAAAUUGUUAAGUCCGUCAAUAGACCUUUUACACCAAAAUUCAAACAAGUCUGUAGAUUGGUAUGAAUUUUUUACAAAUGCAACUUUUUCGGUGAGUAUAGCUUUUUUCGGAAUCUUUAUAGCGUCUUUUUUCUAUAAACCAGUUUAUUCGACUUUACAAAAUUUGAAUUUAUUAAAUUUAUUUGAAAAGAA